AUGUCAUGGAUGAAGAACGAUGAUCGACAAGCAAGCAAUAAGAUGGUUAGUGAACUGGUUGUCAAUCGCAUUAAGCAGCGCCUGGGGUUAAGGCCAAAGGACAUUAUAUUCAUAAUGCAAGAGAAGUAUAAUAUGCUUAUUAGCUAUAGGAAGACAUGGAAAGCUAAGGAGAUUGCAAUCAAUCACAUAAUGGGGUCUUAUGAAGACUUUUACAAAGAAUUCUCAAUGUACUUGCAUGAGUUGAGGAUGGAAAAUCGGGGGACAGUGACUGCUCUACUUUGUGUCAGAAGUUUUCAAUCAUCUCUGCGAAGGGUCUUAGUCAUUAACGGGACGCAUCUAAAAGGUAAGUACAAGGGUGUUCUGUUCAUUGUUACGGCUUUGGAUGGCGACAAUCAUAUCUUUUCAGUCACUUUUGCUAUCGGAGAAUCAGAUAACAGUCGCAGUUGGAACUGGUUCCUUACAUACCUCAGCGAUUCGUUAAGGGAUCUACCUGGUCUUGUAAUAAUAUCAGACCGGCAUAAAGGUCUAAUGAAAGAAAUUCCCCAGGUCUUCCAAGUAGCAAUCCAUGGCUACUACACAUACCAUAUAUACCAAAACUUGGUGGACACAUUAAAUGACAAGUCGUUAGAAAUCUACUACUGGCAAGCUGUAAAGACUUGUAGGAGGGUUGAGUUCGAAAAGUUAAUACAUGAUAUCGAACUUGCCAACCCCCCGGUACAUGAAUGGCUGAGGAAAAUAUGUUAUGAAAAGUGGGCAUCUUCGCACUUCCCAAGAGAAAGAUUCAAUUUGGUCACUAUAAACAUAGCUGGGUGUGUGAAUGCUCUAUUCAAAGAAGCACAAGAAUAUCCGAUGACUAUACUAAUAGAGACAGUCAAAAUGAAAAUUCAAGAGAUGUUUUAUAAAAGAAGAGAAUCAGUAUCAUUAUUUGUUGGACCGUUGACACCGUGGGCUGAGAAACAAUUAAAGGAUCUCAUACGGAAGGCACGAGAUGUUCGUUGCCACACAAUUUCCUGGGAUGAAUACUAUAUUGUGGGAGACUACAAUGAUACCAUCAAGCUCAAUGAGCUUUCAUGUUGUAGAGUAGGAAAUUUCUCGCAUUAUCUCCCUGCCAAAGAGAGUGACAAAGAGACACAAAAGCGAUCAAAGUUUACUGAUGAACCUCCUGUAGUAAAUGAAUCUGCCAAACCUGAAAUGCAGAAUGCUUCCAAUCCAAAAAAUGAAAAUACAAUGCCUAAGGAGGAGGCUUCUGCAGUUGGUCUCGAUGAAUCAAAUAUGGAGGACAAUACUGAUGAAGAGGAUUCAGAGGAAGAUGUUGGUGAAUAUCAGGAAAUGGAUGGUACUGUACUAUCGGAUCCUCAUGAGAUACCUCCAAGGAAAAGUGCAGCUUCUUACGGGUUAUGA